CCUGAUUGUCAUCAAUAAGCGGGGGAACGGGCCCCGUGAUUCGGAGGGGGUUUUCCCGGCAGAUGAUGUCUUUUCCUGUGGGCCGGUGAGGAGCAGCCCCAACCUCCGCCUUCCCCACCAGCAGCUUCUUGUCGUUGUUGUCGCGGCGCGGUAGAUGCGGAGGUGAUGGACGGACCUCUCCGCCGCCCAGCGGGGAUCCUCAGCUCCCCCCCGGCUUCUGGGAGUCAGCCCGCGGGCUCCGACAUGCUCACCUCCGGCAGUAGCAGCAGUAAGACCCUCGCUUUCUCCAUCGACCGGAUUAUGGCCAGGACGCCCGAACCCAAGUCAAUACCGCUCCCCAGCUGGUUCCAGUCCGCUCCCGCGGGGAAACCUGACGUGUGUGCGUCCUCGCUGCACUGUAUGAUUCCACUGAUGCCGCUCGGGUAUGAUCCGGGCCACAGGCUCAGCAUUUCCGGGCUGGAUGCGGGCCACUUGGACGCGUCUCCUGUCGCUGCUCCAGCUGACUUUUUGGGCUUUGGGUUGAACUAUAAGAAUCAACAGGAUGAAUCCGCUGUCAACCACAACACACAACCGCAGUACAAACUCUUCAGACCCCGGGUGGUGAACCAGUCCUCCUUCCCCACCAUGGGCACCGUGUGUUACCUUAACUGCAGCGGGGACAGCGGCGCCUGUGCGCCGCCGGCCGGGCUUGUCAACCUGCACCCGAUGGCCUCGUACCUGCUCAGUGCCCGGCACAAAGCCUUCAUGACGGAGAAGAACAAGCCGGGCCUGCAGCAGGCCGGGGAGCGGUACCCGGUGUCCGGCGUGCAGGCCUUUAAGGAGCUGUCACAGAGUCAGAUCCAGCACUACAUGAAGGAGCGAGACCAGAUUCUCACCGACAAGAUCUUUAAAGACUCGGCGGCAGCAGCGGCCAGACUCAGCGGCUCGUGUCCGGGCAGCAAACCAAAAGUUUUCACCUGCGAGGUCUGCGGAAAGGUGUUUAACGCGCACUACAACCUGACCCGCCACAUGCCCGUGCACACAGGCGCGCGGCCGUUCGUGUGCAAAGUAUGCGGCAAAGGCUUCAGACAGGCGAGCACACUGUGCCGACACAAAAUCAUCCACACUCAGGAAAAACCGCACAAGUGUAACCAGUGUGGAAAAGCCUUCAACCGCAGCUCUACCCUCAACACACACUCACGCAUCCACGCGGGAUACAAACCGUUUGUGUGCGAGUUCUGUGGGAAAGGUUUCCAUCAGAAAGGAAACUACAAGAACCACAAGCUGACGCACAGUGGGGAGAAGCAGUUCAAGUGCUCCAUCUGCAGCAAGGCCUUCCACCAGGUGUACAACCUCACCUUUCACAUGCACACACACAACGACAAGAAGCCCUUCACCUGCCCGACCUGUGGCAAAGGCUUCUGCAGGAACUUUGACCUGAAGAAACACAUCAGGAAGCUGCACGACUCGUCCAGUCCACAGUCGCCCCCCCAGACCUGAGACACACACUGCUGACCUCUGGCCCUCGGAACAGUGACUCUGCACCUCAACAGAAAUAAAAGAAAAGAAAAAGAUCAAGACGUUCCCAUCAGGUCAGGAAAUAAACUCAAGUCCUCACAAGACAAGUUCUGUGGGGUUUUUAGUAACACGUGACCUCAUUUCCAUGUCUCCACUUGUUUCUACGAAUCAAUAAUUGGUGACCUCAAAUCACUGACCCGUGUUCUCAAAUGACUUCUUCAGGCCACUCACUCGAACCAUGAGAUUCCUCAAACACAAAGAGUCCUCACAUUUCAAAUAUUUCACUUGGAAAUACUCAUUUGUGUGCUCAAUAUCACAUUUUUUGGUUCCCAGACAUGAGUCAUUUGUUCCUUUGAUGACUUGGCUCUGAUUUGACCCCCUCGCAUCUCCUCUGUGCAGCCGCGGCAUCUUUUAAAAAACACUUAAGUCUUAUGAGUCCCAUUCCUUGAUUUCAUGACAAAAUGCCCUCAAAUUAGAAAAUAAUGUCCCCUUUUACCUGCAAAGUUCUCUAAACAAAACCAAGUUUCCACUCAGGUUGCUGAGAUCACAGCCUUGCUGCUGGUUCUAAUGAUAUUUUUGUUUUGAGUCUUAAUGGCUGUUUUAUUUCAGAUUUCUGAACAAAAUGUCCCUAAAUUUAGAUCUGUUGAGGCAGCGCAUUCCAAAUGACAAAUAAUUUAAUCAGAAAUACCAAUUGGUUUCAGUUUUUAUUCCCUCAUAUUAAUAGUUUUCAUAAAAAUGAGUCUACCUUAGCUCAAAGUCGGGGAAUCGACAACAACAACAUCAAGAACACAAACUUACACUACACAGUGUAAUUGAUUUCAGAUGUUUCAUUAGCAGCUCUGUAUGUGGUAAAUCUUCAUCUUUUAAAGACCACACAGACUGUCAAAUGUUUUAGAGCAGACAUAUUCUGCUUCAGAGCCACAGAAGAGAAUCUAAAACAUGUUGCCAAUAAAUUGUAAAUAAGGUGAUUGUCCCAUUUAAAAUGAACUAAACGCCUCUCGCAUCUUUGACUUAUAUAACAAGCAGAUAAUAAUCUGUAGCGUGAGAAUAAGAGAACUAUCCGUAUUUCCGAAACCAUGGUCAGGCUCUCGUUCAUCAUAGGGCAUCAUAUGUGUAAUUGAAUUGAAUAGGAUUUGAAAACAUUUUGUCACAUUUAUAUAUUUCUAUCUCCAUUUUUUUGUGGUUUACAAAUGUAUUGACUCUUUGUACCAUUUUUAUAAUAUGAUUUCUUUGACCCUUGACCCUGAUCUGUACUAAACACGAUCCAAAAAGAAAC